AUGACAUUUCUCUUUACUUACAUUGCAGCCCCAACAGGGAGUCCCCAGAACCUAAUUGCAAAGAGCUCAUCUCCAACCAAGAUAGAGGUGUUCUGGAAUCCACCGAACCCUGAAAAACAAAACAGCAAAAUAUCCUCCUACGUGGUUGAGAUCUCGAAACCUGGAGGAACAAAAGAUAUUUACAUUGUCCAUGAUGAGAAAGGAUUGUCGAAACAUCCAAAGUCAGUUUUUCAUAAAACUAUUGGGAACCUUCAUCCAUGGACGACGUAUAAAGUACGUGUGGCUGCUAUCACAAAAGAGGUUCUACAGGGACAAGGACCUUUCAGCUUUGUGAAAACUAUCAGGACCCUCGAAACCGUUCCUGGCCCUGUAUUAAACUUCACCUAUGAGGUCAUUGGUACCUCCAUCCACCUAGCUUGGCAGCCUCCUGUUGAAUUGAAUGGCAAUAUAUUCUGGUACCACAUCAGUUUUAAAAUUAUCAGACCCUUAAAUUCUUCAAACAUGGAUAACAUCACAGUCACAAAUGUACCAAAUGGUGACAACAUAUCAGAUUCCGUAAGGUCCCUAUCAUCUCCUAACACAACCACAACCACAACAUCAGCAUCAGGAUCUGGAAAUUUUAUGACAUCCAAUUUAUCAGCUGUUAUUUCUAGCCUGUCCCCACACUCAGUCUACAAUGUAUCAAUCGCUGCUUCGACCGGCACCAGCGGACUCGGGACUCCUACGAUCCUCAGCAUAAACACAGGAUCAGCUCUGAGUAAUGAAAGUCACCACAGUUUGUCAAGCAGUAUUAGCAGCAGGAGUAGCAGUAGCAGCACUAAAUCUUCCGUAACCGUUAGUAUCACGUCAAAGAGUACUCUAAGUCACACAACGGAAGGAAACAAAGUAACCAUGAAGAGCAGUAGCAGUCCGAGCGACACCCAGUCGCACACCAAUGCCAACACCUCUCUCCAAGACUUACCAGUUAUCGUAGCAGGAAGUCUCACUGCUGGACUCGUUCUCAUCUUCUUACUUGGUGUUCUCAUCUAUCAUUGUUUGAAGAAUAAAAAACGAAGACAAAAGGAACAGAAUUACAUGAUGUUCUAUGCUUAUGAAGACAUUGGUAGUUUACAUCCUGAAGAUCCUGCAAGAAAUAACCGAUUACAGCAGACUCAGUUAACUUCACCUGAAGUAAGGAAAGCCACAAGUUACGGUUGCAAACAGGAUGUGUCCAUUUUAAAGACACAGGAUGCCAAUUCCGAUGGUCCUUCUGCUGAAAGAGAAAUUCAGAAAAUUGAUGCCAGUCAAGACAAGAAUGUUUCUCCAGGAUUUGUUCAUCCAACAUUCUGGCCGAAAGAAUUAAAGACAUCUUUUGGCGUUAAGCAUAUUGGUAUUCAAAACCUUGGAUUUGAAGAGGAUUCUUCUGGAUCAAUUACUUUUGGACCCCCUUCACCCGAAGACAGUCCAAGACUGACGGCAGAAGAAGUAUAUUCUAGAGUGGACACGAAGAAGAAGAACCGCAUGAGAAACGAAAGUGCAGCAGCGAUUGCCCUCAUGAAAAACAGUACCUUACCACACACUGCGCUUUAUUCUAACGACACAGAUUGUCUUAUACAUAACGAAUCAGAAGUUGUAUACGACGAACGAACAGCACUUUAGUUGUUAUCAACUACAAUUUCUAAAACUUAAUCAGAACAAAAAAACAAAACAAUGAACAAGACAAAACACACAAAAAAAAAAAAAAAAACCCAAAGCAUUCAGCCUGGAUUAUUAUUAUUAUUAUUAUCAUUGUUAUAAUUAUUAAUAUCACAUCUUUUGCCAAAAAAAAAAUAAUAAUAAUGCACCAUCUCGACAAAUAUAUAAAUUCUGCUAGAUAGUGAUCAGAAAAUAUUUCUUGAAUACAACGUUAAAAAAAACAAAUCUGAAUUAAUAGCAGAUAGACAUGUUAAAUAGAACUGGUACAUUAUAUUUAAAAGUUUAAACCAUUUCAUAAACGGGAAUGAUUUUGAAGAAUACAAAUUGGUUUCCUUAACCAACAGAGUUAUUAUUUAUGUAUAUAUACAUAUUUAAGGCAGCGAGCUGGCAGAAUUUUUAGCAUGCCAGACAAAAUAUUUCGUGACAUUACGCCGUUUUUACAUUCUGAGUUCAAGUUCUGCCAAGGUCAACUUUGCCUUUUCAUCCUAUUGGGGUUGAUAAAUUAAAUACCAGUUGAGCACUGGGGAGGUCGAUGUAAUUGACUAGCCCUACCUCCCCCAAAAUUUCAGGCCUUGUGCCUGUAAUAAAAAAAAGGUAACAAACUGGCAGAGCUGUUAGCAUGCUGAACAAAAAUUCUUAGUGGCAUUUCAUCCAUCUUUAUGGUCUGGGUUCAAAUUCUGUCAAGGUUGAUUUUGCCUGUCAUCCUUUCGGGGAUCUAUGACACACGGACUUGUUGAGCACUGAGGUUGAUGUGAUCAACUUAUUUCUCCCACAAAAUUGUCAGCCUUGUGCUUAUUGUUGAAAGAAUUAUUAUAUACAUAUGUAUUGUUUUUGAAAUGGUACAACAGUUGGUUUAAAGAAUCCUGCAGCAGAAAGACUGGAACAUUAGAAAGGGAAUCAUAUUUAAACCUUUAAAACCGUUUCAAAAUAUAAUUUUGAAGAACAGAAAUUGGUUUCAUAAACCUAUGGAAUUUAACUUUCUUUUUUAAUAACACACCAGUGAGUUUAGAUAAACUAUAGCAGACAGAUAUCAAAUUAAAUUGUUACAGUACAAACAAAAUUUAUAUUUAAUAAUUUAAAAGCCAGUUUAAAAACGAAAAGGACCAAUGUUGAAGAAUAUAGAAUUAUUCUGUUAAACAACAAAAUUCUUUACACACACACACACACACAUAUAUUUAUUUAUUAUGAUAAACACAAAUUAAUAUCAUUUGUUCCCUACGUAUGUUUCACCAUUGUGGUUGUCUGGAACAUCCGCAUUGAAUGUUCUAAGUGCAAUUGGAUGCUUAACCCCAAUAGAUUAUCAUAACCAAUACUGGAAGCAAAUCGGAUGAUGAUCAUUUGUGUGGAGUUCCAAACUCAACAAGAUCAAUCAUACAUCUAACUGUACACACAAAAUACACUAUAUAUAUAUAUAUAGAUAUAUAUGUAUAUGUAUAUAUGUUAACAAGCAAUUUCAUUAUGAUC